AUGGCUUCCUACGACAUCAUUCCCAAGGGCGCAAAGCUGCAGCCCACCAAGUACAAUGUCUCGAUUCCGGAGGAGAAGCUGCAGCAGAUGAAGCAACUCAUCACCCUUUCUCCCAUUGGCCCUGAGACCUACGAGAACUUGCAGGAAAGUCGCGAUUUUCUUGACUUUGGUAUCUCGCGCAAAUGGCUCGCAAAUACGAAGGCUGAGUGGGAGAAGUACGAUUGGCGCGCCGCUGAAGCUCACAUCAACUCCUUCCCCCACUUCACUCUCCCCGUAAAGGACGACGACGGCCGCACCUACACCAUCCACUUCGUCGCCCUCUUUUCCACCAACCCCUCCGCCAUCCCCAUCGCCUUCUUCCACGGCUGGCCCGGAAGCUUCCUCGAAUUCCUGCCCAUGCUCGAGCUCCUCAAGAAGAAGUACCCCAGCCCAGACAAGCUCCCGUACCACAUCAUCGUGCCCUCGCUCCCCGGCUACGCCUUCUCGGACCGCCCGCCCAAGGACCACGAGUGGGCAGGUCCCGACUCUGCUCGCCUGAUGCACAAGCUGCUGGAAGCGCUUGGCUUCGGCGAGACGGGCUACGCGGUUCAAGGCGGCGACGUAGGGAGCUAUAUCGCCCGGUCCAUGGCGACCACAUACGACGCGUGCAAAGCCAUCCACCUCAACUUCUGCCCCGUCCUCGCCAAGCCCGACGACGUGCCCGAGUCCGCCAUCAACGACGAAGAACGCAAGGCCCUCGCCCGCGGCGAAGCCUUCCGCAACGGCGGCAUGGGCUACGUCGGCAUGCACGCCUCGCGACCCUCGACCAUCGGCCUCGUGCUCUCCGCCAGCCCCAUCGCGCUGCUAGCCUGGAUCGGCGAAAAAUUCCUCACCUGGCCCGACGCAGCCCCCAGCACCACCACCAUCCUCGAGUCCGUCUCCCUCUACUGGCUGACCGACACCUUCCCGACGUCCAUCCACACCUACCGCCACCACAAUCCCCCGCGCGGACCGAAGAUCAACUUCCACACCGCCGCCGAGAACCGCGUCCGCAACAAGCCCUUCGGCUACUCCUGGUUCCCGAAGGAGAUCGUCCCCACGCCGCGCGCCUGGGCCGCGACGACGGGCGAUCUCGUCUGGCACCGGCAACACUCGAGCGGCGGGCACUUCGCCGCUUUGGAGAGCCCCGAGGCGCUGUGGGGCGAUGUGGAGGAGUUUGUUGCGCAGGUGUGGAAGAAGUGA